GCAUGCGCAUGUGUUCAGAAAGAAAAUGGCCGGUAGCGUGUGUGUUUAGAGGUGUUGUUUGACGUGUUCGUUUUUCUAAUUAUUUGACAAAAGAACAAUAAAUUAUUCGCAUGGAUAAUAAACAUUUAUGACAAGUGUAUUCUCCGGCGUGUUUAUCACUAAAAUAAUACGCAGGAAUUAGAUUUGAAUAAUAUGGCGAGUCCCUCGCCUCAAUCAUCGCCGAUGCCGCCUCCACAAGCACCGAGUCCAAUGGGUCCACCACAACAAUCUCCAUCGCCUUCGAAUCCACAAGGAAGUCCAAUGGGACCACCUCAACAUCAUCCUCAGAGUCCUACUCAAGGUUAUCAGCCGCCUCCGCCACCACCUGGAGGACCUUCAAUGCCACAAUCACAACAAUCGGGCCCACCACAACAAAAUUAUCCGCCCCAUCCACAACAAAUGCCUCCAAAUAUGGGACCUCAGGGUCAAGGAGGACCUGGUCCUGGACCUGGACAACCAGGACCUGGAGGACCAAUGGGCCCAGGAGGACAAAUGGGUCCGGGAUGUCCCAUAAAUUCACAAAUGGGACCUGGAGGACCACAAAAUACACAAAUGGGUCAAGGAGGUCCAGGAUCUCAACAAGGACCAAUGGGUCCAAAUCAAAUGGGCCCUAAUGGACCACAAGGUGGACAUCAUAUGGUACCAGGCGGUCCUGGACAAAAUCCACCUGGACAAAUGGGACCUGGAGGUCCACCAGGUCAUCAAUAUUCUGGAGGAAUGGGGCCAGGCUCACAGCAAGGACCAAUGGGUCCAGGACAAAUGGGACACUCUGGACCGCAAGGAGUGCCUCAUAUGGUACAACAAGGUGGUCCAGGACAAAUGGGAUCUUCAAAUCAAAGUGGUUCACCAGUUCAAAUGGGACAGAGCGGUCCACCUGGACAUCAAUUUACAAAUUUAGGACCAGGAUCUCAACAAGGACCAAUGCCACCGGGACAAAUGGGGCCAAAUGGUCCUCAAGGUGGACAUCACAUGGGUGGUCCCGGACAAAUGGGCUCUGGAAAUCAAGGAGGACCAGGACAAAUGGGUCCUGGCGCUCCACCCGGAGGAAUGGGUCCAGGUUCACAGCAAGGACCCAUGGCUCCUGGACAAAUGGGACCUAAUGGUCCGCAAGGUGGACAUCACAUGGGCGGUCCUGGUCAAAUGGGCUCUGGAAAUCAAGGAGGUCCUGGACAAAUGGGACCCGGUGGUCCACCAGCAGGUUAUCAAUUUUCAUCCUUAGGCGGAAUGGGUUCAGGAUCACAAGGUCCAAUAGGUCCAGGUCAAAUGGGACCUAAUGCACCACAAGGCGGACAUCAUAUGGGCGGUUCAGGACAAAUGGGCUCCGGUAAUCAAGGUGGUCCAGGACAAAUGGGACCCGGUGCUCCACAAGGUCAUCAAAUGUCGUUCCCUGGUAGUAUGGGACCAGCAUCCCAACAAGGACCGAUGGGUCCAAAUCAAAUGGGUCCCAAUGGACCGCAAGGAAUGCCACAUAUGGUUCAAAGUGGACCAGGACAAAUGGGUUCUUCAAAUCAAAGCGGACCACCGAGUCAAAUGGGCCCUGGUGCACCACCUGGUGCACCAAAUCCAAUGCCACCGCAAAUGGGUCCAGGAGGUGGUGGUCCAGUUGGUCAACAAGGUGCACCAGGUCAAAUGGGACCAGGUGGUAGUGGACCAAUUAUUCCCGGUGGUCCCGGCGGUCAAAUGAAUCAAAAUGCACCGGGACAAAUGCCAGGUGCCCCACCACCUGGACCACCGCCAGGUCCUCCUGGUUCGGGACAGGAAAAUUUAAAUGCCCUACAAAAAGCAAUUGACUCAAUGGAAGAGAAAGGUCUUCAGGAAGAUCCACGUUAUUCCCAACUUAUUGCACUAAGAGCACGUCAAGGAAAUAAUAUGGGAGAUAAACAAACAUUUAGCUCACAACAAUUGCAACAACUUCGUAUGCAGAUAAUGGCUUAUCGAUUAUUAGCACGAAAUCAACCUUUGUCACAGCAAUUGGCACUCGCUCUUCAAGGUGGAGGUCCUCCUCCAGGUAUCGUUCAAAGACCAAUUGAUCCAUCACAAGGUCCGACUUCGGGUUCACAAGCACCUGGUGCAAAUGCAAUGGGUCCUGCAGGAGCGCCAAGACCUGGAUCACAAACACCGCAACAACAGCAGCAACAACAACCACAACCUGGAGCUAAAACCAAUAGAGUGACAAGUCUCGCGAAACCUGCAGGUCUUGAUCCUCUUUUAAUUCUCCAGGAACGCGAAAAUAGAGUCGCUGCUCGUAUUGCACUUAGAAUGGAGCAACUUAGCAAUUUGCCAACUAAUAUGCCGGAAGAUCUUCGUAUUCAGGCGCAAAUUGAAUUGAGAAUGUUGAGAGUUUUGAAUUUCCAACGACAACUCAGAUCUGAGAUUAUUGCCUGCACUCGUAAGGAUACAACUUUGGAAACUGCAAUUAAUGUUAAAGGCUAUAAACGAACCAAAAGGCAAGGUUUACGUGAAGCGCGUGCCACUGAGAAAUUGGAGAAACAACAGAAACUUGAAGCAGAACGUAAACGCAGACAAAAACAUCAGGAAUUCCUCAGUUCGGUUCUGCAACAUGGCAAAGAUUUUAAGGAAUUCCAUCGUAAUAAUCUUGCAAAAAUGUCACGUCUCAAUAAAGCGGUGCUUAAUUAUCAUGCGAAUGCAGAACGAGAACAAAAGAAGGAACAAGAGAGAAUUGAAAAGGAACGUAUGCGUCGUCUUAUGGCAGAGGACGAAGAGGGUUAUCGUAAGCUUAUCGAUCAAAAGAAAGACAAACGUCUCGCAUUUCUUCUUUCACAAACUGACGAAUAUAUUUGCAAUCUCACUGAAAUGGUUAAACAACAUAAAAUGGAACAAAGAAGAAAGCAAGUUGAAGAACAAAAACGUAGAAAGAAGAGGAAGAGGGACGGUGAAGUUGGAGAAGAUGGCACUGUGGAAGAUGUGCGAGUUUCUGUUAUUGAACUUUCUACUGGUCGCACUUUAACUGGCGAUGAUGCUCCCAUGAUGAGUCAACUUCAAGCCUUUAUGGAAUCACAUCCCGGAUGGGAAGUGAUUGAAACUGAAAGUGAUGAAGACAGCGAAGAAGAAGGCGAAGAGGAAGACGAGAAAAAACAUAAAGAAAAGAGUGCAGAAGAAGAUGAAGACAUGGAUGAACAUAAUAAGGUGAAGAAAACAGUAAAUAAGGCAAAAGUUGAGGACGACGAAUACAAAACGGAGGAACAAACUUAUUACAGUAUUGCCCACACUGUUCAUGAAAGUGUUACUGAACAGGCUUCAAUUUUAGUUAAUGGCAAAUUGAAAGAAUACCAAGUUAAGGGUUUGGAAUGGUUGGUCUCUCUUUUCAAUAAUAAUCUAAACGGCAUUCUCGCUGACGAGAUGGGUCUCGGUAAAACAAUUCAAACAAUUGGCCUUGUCACUUAUCUGAUGGAGAAGAAAAAAGUCAACGGACCAUUUUUAAUCAUCGUUCCCUUAUCGACACUGUCAAAUUGGGUUUUGGAAUUUGAAAAAUGGGCACCUAGCGUUGUUGUUGUAUCGUAUAAAGGAUCGCCAGCUGGUAGACGUGCAAUUCAAUCACAAAUGAGAGCAACUAAAUUCAAUGUUCUCCUAACAACUUAUGAAUAUGUUAUUAAAGAUAAAAGUGUUUUGGCAAAACUUCAAUGGAAAUACAUGAUUAUUGACGAAGGUCAUAGAAUGAAGAAUCAUCAUUGUAAAUUGACGCAAGUACUUAAUACACAUUAUCUUGCGCCACAUCGUCUUCUUCUCACUGGUACACCAUUGCAAAAUAAAUUACCCGAACUUUGGGCGUUACUCAAUUUUCUAUUGCCAUCAAUCUUUAAAUCUUGCAGUACUUUUGAGCAAUGGUUUAAUGCUCCAUUUGCAACGACUGGUGAAAAAGUUGAAUUGAACGAGGAAGAAACUAUUUUAAUUAUUCGUCGUUUGCACAAAGUAUUGCGACCUUUCCUCUUGAGACGUUUGAAGAAAGAAGUAGAAUCACAACUUCCUGAUAAGGUUGAAUAUAUAGUUAAAUGUGACAUGUCUGGAUUACAGAAAGUGCUUUAUAAGCACAUGCAGAGUAAAGGAGUUCUGUUGACCGACGGUUCAGAGAAAGGAAAACAGGGUAAAGGUGGUGCAAAGGCUUUGAUGAAUACAAUUGUUCAAUUGAGAAAACUUUGCAAUCAUCCAUUUAUGUUCCAAGCAAUCGAAGAAAAAUAUUGCGAACACGUUGGUACACAAGGUGGAAUUGUUGCCGGACCCGAUUUGUUUCGAGCGUCGGGAAAAUUCGAAUUAUUGGAUCGAAUUUUACCAAAAUUAAAAGCCACAAACCAUAGAGUAUUAUUGUUUUGUCAAAUGACACAAUUAAUGACAAUUAUGGAGGACUAUUUAACGUGGCGAGGUUUUAAAUAUCUAAGAUUGGACGGUACAACAAAAGCCGAAGAUAGAGGUGAUUUAUUGAAAAAAUUCAACGAUCCAGGAUCGGAUUAUUUCCUCUUUUUACUGUCAACAAGAGCCGGUGGUCUAGGUUUAAAUUUACAAGCCGCUGACACUGUCGUUAUUUUCGACUCCGAUUGGAAUCCUCAUCAGGAUCUACAAGCUCAAGACAGAGCGCAUAGAAUUGGUCAAAAAAAUGAAGUGCGCGUUCUACGUUUAAUGACAGUGAAUUCAGUUGAGGAGAGAAUUUUAGCUGCAGCGCGUUAUAAAUUAAAUAUGGAUGAGAAAGUCAUUCAAGCGGGAAUGUUUGAUCAAAAAUCAACAGGUUCAGAGAGACAGCAAUUUUUACAAAGUAUUUUACAUCAAGACGAUGCCGAUGAUGAAGAGGAAAAUGAAGUGCCCGAUGAUGAGACUGUGAAUCAAAUGAUAGCAAGAAGUGAAGGUGAAUUUGAAUCAUUUCAAAAGUUUGAUCUUGAACGAAGACGUGAGGAGGCAAAAUUGGGAUCACAACGAAAGCCACGUUUACUUGAGGAAUCGGAAUUGCCCGAUUGGCUUGUGAAAGAUGAUGAUGAAGUGGAAAGAUGGGCCUAUGAGGAAGAUGAGGAUAGAUUUUUGGGACGUGGCUCACGGCAACGUAAGGAAGUUGAUUAUACAUUUAGUCUCACUGAUAAGGAAUGGAUGAAGGCAAUUGAUGAGGAAGGUGUUGAAUAUGAUGAUGAGGAGGAGGAUGAUAAAAAGAAGAAGAAAACGAGAAAAAGGAGAAAAAAGGGCGAGGAGGACGAUGAGCCAAUGCCAAAGAAACGAAGAGGCGUUUCUUCGAUUCAUCCAAAAUUAAAGCGUACAAUGAAGAAAAUUAUUGCCGAAGUUGUUGAUUAUACGCACGGCGCUGAUGGACGAUUACUUAGUGAACCAUUUAUGAAAUUACCAUCGCGACGAGAGUUGCCUGAUUAUUAUGAUAUUAUUAAAAAACCACUUACUAUUAAUAAACUACUUACGAAAAUUGAGGAAGGAAAGUAUUUUGAUCUGGAUGAAUUGGAAAAGGACUUUAUGCAGUUGUGCAGAAAUGCGCAAAUUUAUAACGAGGAAGCGUCGCUGAUUCAUGAAGAUUCAAUCACCUUACAGACUGUCUUUACGGACGCACGACGAAAAUUAGAAAUUGAAAUGACUAUUUCCGAGGACGAUAAAGACCCCGAUGAUGGUUCGGAUGGUGAUUCCAGUGUAAAAAUGAAAAUCAAGUUGAAACAGAAGAAAACGGAAGGACGCGUGGGAAGGAGAAAGAAAUCGACUAAAAAAUACAUCUCGGAUGAUGACGAUGAUGGUGAUGAUAAUUAAAGAGGGAGAGAAGAAUUUUUUUUCAUUGUUUUUUUUGAGUCCAAAGCAGCUUCUUCGCGGUAAGAAUUUUGUGAUUUUUUUUUUUUUUAAUUAAACAACUUGACAUUUAAAAAUGCCGAUUAUUUUUUUCUUUAAAAAAAAAAAAUUCUUAAAAUAAUGAAUUACAAAAAUUGAAUAUUUAGCAAACUUUUUUUUUCAUCUUACAUUCGUUUGAUUACAAAUGUAUAAUCACAUUUGUCUAGAAAUUCCUGAUUUAAAAAAAAUUCAAUUAGCUAAAUAUUAAUUUAAUUUUUAUCUUUCUUCUUUUUUUUAAAUAGAGGAAAGAUUUUUUUGUUGUUUGUUUUUGAAUUCUAAUUCUUUUUCAAACAAUAAGUUAUUUUUUAUAGUAAUUUUUGAUUAGUUUUUUUGAAAAAGAAAAUAUUCUCAAUUCUUAAAUAUAAUUUAUUUAUAAACGGCACGACGGAGAAACUCCAAAAAUUCAUUGUAAGGAGUUUUUUUUAAAAAAAAAAAUACAAUUAGAAUUAUGUAUUUAAUUUUUGGGCCAAUUAAUUUUUGUUCAUAUAGAGAUAAAAUAAUUAAUCUCUAAAUUGUCAAAUUUGAACAUUAAUUUUUUUUACGAAUGAAUUGAAUGAUUUUUGAUGAAUUAUAAAUAUGGGCAAUACAUUACAGAAUCAUCGAAUCACUGGUUUAUAACAAGUGAAUGAUUGAGUCUUUCAUUUAAUGAAUGAAAGAAAAAAAAUAAAAAAACAAGUUUGAAUUGUAAUUUUUACUACGCUUCUAUCUGCGUUUAAUUAUAUAUAUAUUUCUUUUUUUUUUUGAAAUUAUGCUCAUUUUUUUUUAUAAUGGGCAUUUAAUUUCAGAUAUAAAAUUAAUUUCAAAUUAUUAGAAAGAUUAAAUGUUUUUAUAAUUUAAUCUCUGAUCGACGUAAAAGAGGAUAUAUAUAUAACAUUGUAGUUUUUUCUGAUACUACGAAUAUUUUUCGUUGUAGCGUAUUAUUAUAUAAUCUUCGUAAUUAUGUUUAAGGGAAUAAAAAGAAAAAAGUGGUCGGAA